AUGGCCAGCACAGGAGGCCCUGGGGUGCACAGGACAGAGCAGUGUGUCCGCUCAAACAGCGCCUGCUCUUGUGGCCCCAAGGAGGCUUCGGAAGAGAGUCCUCCGGACCUUGCAGGCCCCAGAAGCGUCAACCAGAAACCCCAAGGCCACGUCCUGGAGACCCCGCAGUGCCGCACCGAGAGGGGCCUGCGCCACGGGGCCCGCGUGCGUAUCCCUGCCUCACCACGACCAGCUGUAUGGCCUUCAGAUCGGCACCCUCUUCCGAAAACCUGUGGGGCCAGCGCUCAGGCCGUGGGGCCAAGUUCCAGGACGUUCCUGGUGGAGAGGGACCACAAGUUUCUAGACCAAGGAACUUGGCUGGGGCUCAGUCCGGAGGAAGCCCCCCAUCGGCCGCGCCUGGGCGCUGGGUUCCCGGCGUCCCGCCCACACCCAGGAUUUAGGAACAGGAACGGCCUGGGAGCCCAGCCAGGCAUUGGAGGGGGUGUGAAGCCCCAGAAGCCAGGUUUCGGAGGUGGUGUGAAACCCCAAAAGCCAGCAUAUGGAAAUGGACUGGUUGCCAGUGCCUUCCCGGGGCUCAGAGCCCGGCCAGGAUUCGGCACUGCGAAUGGCAUGGGAGUUGGAGCCCAGCUAGGAAUCAGGAAUGGGAAUGGGCUGGGAGGUGGCGCCUUCCCGGGAGCAGGAGCAGCACCAGGCCCUGCGACCCAAAAUGGCUCUGGACCAGGCUUUGGAGGGGGUGUGAAGCCCCAGAAGCCAGGCCCAGCAACCCAGAACGGAUAUGGAGCAGGCUUUGGAGGGGGCAGGAAGCCGCAGAAGCCAGUUUACAGGAACGGGCUGGGAGCCGGAGUCUUCCCAGGCCUGGAAAGGGGUGUGAGCCCUCCGAAGCCAGGAUACGUGCCAGGCCCCGGCCUGCAGCUUCCGGCAGCUCUGGGAGGGGGUGUGAAACCUCAGAAGCCAGGAUAUGGCAUUGGGAUUGGGCCGGGGGCCCAGCCAGGACCCUGCAAUGGGAGGGUCCCUCCAGUGCUGCUCCCCAGGCCUCCCACUUCGGGCCCCAAAUCUCAGCCCCCUCCCCCAGGGCAGAAUGGCAAGUUCCCAGCGCCAACGCCGGCCAUCCAGUGGGGAAUGAAACCUCAGAAAGCAGGAUACCAGGCCCCGAAUGGUUACGGAGCAGGAACAGAGCUGGGCUUUGGUGGCGGCCUCCAGCCUCAGAAAGUCGGGUUUGGUUAUGGGGAUGGUCUGGGAGCUGGGGUCUUCCCCGAGGCUCACCCGCAGCCAGAGUUCCCUGUGGCCAAUGGCUUUAGGAAUGGGUAUGGGGAAGAAGCACCAGUGUACCCCAAAGUAGCAGCUCCAGGCCCUGAAGGAAAUGGUCAGGCCCGGGCCCUAAGGGGCUCUUCUUGGCCCUCCAUCCAGCCCUGGGCCCUUGCCCUGAAGCCUGGAUAUGGGGCUGGAGGCGCAUAUCCAGGGGUCGGGAGCCAACCAGGAGCAUACGGACAGCUGAGGCCAGAGCUGGGCCCUGGACCCUUCGGCAGCCCUGAGGUGAAGAGAGGUGGCAGUGGCCCGCUGGGAAAUGGCUAUGGAGGCCACUGUUCUCUUGGAAAAUGCUGAGCACCGAGGCCCUUCCAGCGCCCGCCCUGAACCACAGCCCGGUGCGGGUGAGGACGACCAGACCCUGGGGCUGCACCUCCGGCCUGGGCCCUCCUGCGGGCUGACGUAUUAAUAAAGACGGGCUUCCCUGUU